AUCCAGAAGUACCAGACACUGUCCAGGAGAUAUACAACCUGUCCCUUCGCACAACAGCGCUGGUGGUGCUCGGCAGCACGCCGUCCGCCAGGGCCCGUCUUCUUCACUGUCUGUUGGGACGGCAGCUGCUGCCUGAUCCUCCGCCGCGAGGGUGUCGAUGGAUUCGAAUCUCGUACGCCAGCACCACGCAGGUGCAUCUGACUCUUGGAGACUCUGACUUCAUGCUGGUGGAAGAGUUGGAGUGCAACAAGAAGCCCUGGGACACGCUUCCGGUUGAG